AUGAAUGCUCCGGGACGGCAGCCCAAGUAUCCUGAUGGCCUCACCCAAGAUGUUGCUGCCCUCGUCCGGCCGCCUGCCGCUGGGAACGCCGCUCUCUCCGCCCACCACCAGCUCCAGCUGCUCCAGCAGCAACUCCAGCAGCAGCACCAGCAGACCCAGGUGGCUGUGGCCCAGGUCCACCUCCUGAAGGAUCAGUUGUCGGCGGAGGCAGCGGCUCGGAUCGAGGCCCAAGCCCGUGUCCAUCAGCUGCUGCUGCAGAACAAGGACCUGCUCAAACACAUCUCGCUGCUGGUGAAGCAAGUACAGGAGCUGGAACUCAAAUUCACCGGCCAGGGUUCAAUGGGCUCGCAGGACAGUCUGUUGGAGAUCACCUUCAGGUCGACGGUGCCACCGGUCCUGUGCGACCCCACCACCCCCAAGCCGGGGGAGGUGUACCUGCCCCAGCUGUGCGACGGCUUGGACCUGCCCCUUCCGCUGGGCAGCCCGCUAGUUGACCAAAGCAUGUUUGAGAAUUCCAACACCUCAUCGACGCCCAAACCUCACCACGGCAAGAUGCCCGGCUCUGCCAGGGGCACCGCGGCCGGCUCCUCCUCCACCUCCGCUGUCCCCGAAUCGGCUGGGAAAUGGGCCGGCGGAGGUGUGAGCAACCACCAGCACCUCAAGAGUGCCAUCAACCUGGGCAAGGCGGUGGGGGCAAAGGUCAACGACCUGCUGCGGAGGAAGGAGCCCAACGCCAUGGUCGCCGGCGUGACCGAGGUCAACAAGAACGCCGAGGGAGUCCUGGCGAUGGCGGCCAAGGGCGAGACCCAGCCGGCGGCCAGCGGCGGAGCUCAGACCCUGCUGGAGUCGUUCCCGCGGUUGGAGCCACCUCCACCGACAGUCAAGAAGAGGACCUCUCGGGCACUGAAGACCACUCAGGAUAUGAUGAUCUCGUCCGUGCCGGUGGUCAACUGCGGAGACAUCUCUGACCCCCCCGUCCCCUGUGCUGACCAGCGAGAGGUCCCGGCACUGGAGAGUAAGGCCAGUGAAGUUGAAGAUGACCUCUCGGGCAGCGUGGACAACGUGACCCCCAACGCCGCUGAUGCCGAUGCCAAACCAGAGGACAAGCACUGCAACACCCUGGAGAGCUCCGAGGACAUCUCCAGCCCUGCCCUCUCCGUGCCCGAUCUACUGAGCAAAGAUCCCGUGGACGUCAAGCUAAAGCCAGCGGGCCAGGAGAAACGAGGGGCCUCCUCGCCCUGCCCCGACGAGGCCUGCUUGCGGAUCAGCCUCAGCGAGGACGACCUCUUGGCCAAUGACUCUGAAGACUCUGGAGUGCCAAGGCAAAGAUGCUCGAGUGUGGAAAACGAGGAGCGCCAUCCGGAUCUGCUGUCCUUUGACUAGGCUUGCCGUGGGGCUCCAACUUCAGCAGCCCACACAGGGAAGGGUCCAACCUUUAAUCGCUGGGAUGGUAUCAGAGGGAUGAGGGGCGGAAUCUCUGCAAUGUGUUCUAGCCCUUUGUAACAUUUCACACCAAAUCUCAUCCCCAUUAUUCGUCCAACUUUAAGAACCGUUGCAGUUUAGAUCUUGAGGGUUCUGUAUCAAGGUUUACCACACGGUGGGUUGCACAGUGAAGCGUGCCACUUCCCUUCAGUGGACACACGUUUGGCUCCAAGUCUGACAUUCAAGCUGACUUGAAGAUCUGACCUUGCAUCGCCAUCGAAAGUUCACCAUCCCUAGGGCUGCUUUCAAAGGACACACCUUCCCUGGGAACAGGACAAGCAAAGGAAAGGGGGCUGCAGAGAGUUAUAAGAGUCAUCCAGUCAUACAGCACGGAAACCGGCCAUUCGGCCCAACUCGCCCAGUUGCUUGAUUAGGAGAUUGAAGGUGCACUAGCUGGACGCUUGAACUAACCCUCCCUCGCAUACGUCAGCCUAUUUAUAUUCAACUGGAGCCCGCUGAUAAGAUAGUAGAGACUUUCACUUCAGACCAGCCAUUUAGACAUUCCACUCCACACUCACACCUUGAGGGUUAGAUUCUAAAGCUAGGAUGUUCAACCAAUCCACCCAACCCUUCACCAAAGUCAGCCAACAACCUUUAACUGUUUGCAAAGCCGUGGGUAAUAACACAACGUUAAGUGCCUAAGUUAUGUCCGAUGAGCUGAAACAAGGCCACACUACAAUUUUCUUUUCUCUCCCCAACGAUGAAUUCCUGCAAGCCAUCAAACCAACGAAGUAAAGAUCACGGACAGACGGACGGUCGGGUACAAGCGACGAUCUAUUUACAACAAAAAUGCCCAAUCCUAAGGGAAACUGCAAGUGACUUGUAUUGUUAAUUUUUUUUAAUGAAAAUUCAUGUAGAUGAGUUUUUUUUAGCAAAGAAGAAUUUAUUUUAGGUUAAUAUUUACAUUGAUGACUAAAUCAAAACUUUAUAAAGCGUUUCAUUUUAUUAAGACAUCCACAUGUCGCACAGCCUUAAUGAUCUGUUUGAAAGAUUUUUUUCCGUUUUCAGAACUGGAUUAUUUAAUUUACUAACGGGCCAGAUAGCUGCUACUAGACUAAUGCACCCCACACAUCCAGACCAACUCACAAGGGGCAACUCUUCAGAAUUACCAGUCUAGACAGGAGCUAUUUCCAAAGAUAUUUUGGUAAAGCAAAUUUAUUUAAUGUUUUAAUUUUUUUUUCUAGUUUACUAAUUUUAAUUACUUGUACUGCUUAGUUUAUUUUUCCAGAAUAACAUAAAUCCUUUCCUUCACUCCAAACCGCUUUGACGAAAUUCUGCGACACCCUCUCUCGCUGCUCCCCCUCCAAGAUUCCUCCUGCUCCGCAGCUCUACGCGUUCUUUAUCAUCUCCUCCACAGCCAACAAUGGACCAUUGUGGGCUCCACCCCUCCAUCGUCAUUGCCGGCUUUGAUUUGUCUUUUUGCGUACUUUUCUUUCAUUUGUUUCUUUGUACCUUUUCAUAUCUCUCGUUUCCCGCUUUCCUGACUGGUUGAGUACUCCGUAUCACCGUCUAUAUCUCUAGUUUCCCUUACCCUGACUCUGGCUGAAGAAGGGUCUCGACCCGAAACGUCACCUAUUCCUUCUCUCCAGAGAUGCUGCCUGUCCUGCUGAGUUACUCCAGCUUUUUGUGUCUAUCCUCACAUCUACCUCAUGGUCCUCUUCACAGUUUUGCUCGACUAAGUAAGUCUGAAGAAGAAAUUGUGCACUCGCCCUCAUGUUAAGGCAUGCAGUACAUGGAGUACUGCAUCGGGAAUCUUGUUUUAGUGUGAUUUAACUUCAAAGCUCAAAGAAAUGCGGGUGAGAAGGGGCAGGGAUCAUAAUGGGGGGAAACCUCUCCUAAUCAGUGCCGAUCUUCUGAAAAACUUUGACCAACUGAUGUUUUGCAGAAUGGAUCUCAAAAUGUAAUUGGUUUUUCACAUGUAGCUGCUUCCUUCAAUUACAAAUGUUAACACUUCAAACCUCUAGUGUACUUUUUGCCUUAUUUUAUAAAUGAAAAUCUUACAAAAAAUUAAACAAUGUUUUGG